AAGUGAUGAUGACUUUCAAGAAACGCCAUUAUUUGAAAGCUUCUACAGAAGAUAUAUCUGGCCCUGGCCCUUCAAAUGUUGCCAUUAGUGAAAAGACAUCUAUGCCUGCAGUCAACAACAAAACGGAUGUUCAAGUUGCAUUAUCUGUUCCUGCUCCUUCCACUAGCUAUACUUCUGCUCCCAUAAAGGCUUCUAAGAAAUAUAAAGCAAGACUGUUAAGACUCAAGCAUUCAAAAGGAGGAAGAAAAGAACAUAACAAUGAAAGCCCUCCCCUUCAAAUGGCCCGCAAAAGACUAACGGUGCUCCUGAACUUUAUGUGUUGUCCAUAACAGCAGUGUGUUCUUUAACACCUCGGUAAGUAUAAAGCAUUAAUACGUUAUUUUUUAUUCAUUA